AUGCUAGGAGGGAGAUCUUUUAUUGUUCGUGGGAAACGAGAAAGAAAGAAAGCAGAGAGACUCGGGUUGGAGACCAGUCCAGCGCCGGGUCUGGCCAGCGCGGGGGUUGAGUUCACGCCGGGAAAAAAUACCAGGGAGAACAUACCCACCCUGACGGUCCGAUAA